UUGUUGAGGGGGAAUUGUAUGAUAUGAUCAAUCUUGAAGGCACUAUUUCAGUAGUGUACAAAGGAUUCACCUACCACAUUCCCCUUCGCGUAAUGUUAAUGGAAGACUACCCACUCUCAGCGCCUAUUAUCUACGUCAAACCAACAGCAAAUAUGAUACUUGACAAGAAUGUCCCCUAUGUGAAUGGCCGUGGGAAGAUUUCCACCCCAUACCUUGAUAACUGGGACAGAGAGCAACAUCCAGAUUUGUUCAAGAUAUUACAUGAUUUAUGUAUCCGGUUUGCUCAAAACCCUCCGGUCUGGACUAAAAGAACAGACAAUAUGGUCAAAGUUUAUGAAUCCAGGAAUCGAAGACUAGGAGAUGUAAGACUAAAAGAAUCUCGACAGGAAAGGCAAGCAGUGGCCCCAGUGGACACUAGACAAGGGCAGACUGGCUACCCCUCUUACAGGCCCUCUUCGAGUGAACCAAGUCAGGAUAUGUCGACUUCUCUUGCCACUUCACAGGAAAAUAGACCUCCUCUAGGCAGCCCAACGAGCGUUCCUGAGUCCCAACAUCCAUCUGCGCUUGGCACGUCUUCCGUUUUACCAAAGACUGUUUCUAAAAACACUUUAGAAAGUUCGGCAUCGGAGAGCAAGAGCGUUGCGUACGAUUCACAAAGCUCAAGUGGUUCUUCAUCAGCCACUCCUUCACCUUCGCAACUGCCUUCUGGUGAAGGUUUCAUCCCGUUUGAUCCUGCUCAAGCUGUUUCGAGUCCGGGUAGCUUUGUCCCCGCUUUUAACUAUACUAAUAACAAUGAUAAUUUUAAUGAUACAGCCAUGGAACGGAAACAGCCUUCGACUUCGUCAGAAGGACAUCUGUUGAGAAGCCGGUCGGUACCUGUAAACCUUUCCCGCCAAAAAUCCUGUCACGUGCUCUCGACGUACAAACGCCGCAACAUAAUUGGAAGCGGAGGAUUUGCAAAGGUUUUCCUUUACGAAAACGAGAACACUGGAGAAAAAGUUGCUUGCAAGAUUGUGAAUCUUGGAGACAAUGACGACCACGUCCAGAAGUGCGCAGAAGCUCUUAAAAAAGAAAUCAGGAUCUUGAGGACCCUCAAACACGAGUUUGUUAUCAGUUACUUAUCGACGGAGGAGCACGAAAACGAUUUGGCUAUGAUCAUGGAAUAUUUUCCAAAGGGCUCACUUUACUCGGAGUUACAGCGUCGACCUGAGGGACACUUCGAUGAACCAAACGCGCGACUUUUCACUUGGCAGAUCAUACAAGGAGUGAAAUAUCUCCAUGAAAAUGGAGUCAUUCAUAAAGACAUCAAAGCAAGAAAUAUCUUGAUAGAUGACAGUAAUAUCAUCAAGAUAGCUGAUUUUGGGAUUUCUAAGAAAAUGGAUGCUUUGGUGACAGCCACCACGACUUGUAAAGACAAUUUUGCAUCGAUUUACUGGCAAAGCCCAGAAUAUUUGAGAGGUGAAAAAUGUGGUAGAAAAACCGAUGUCUGGAGUAUAGGUUGUACUGUUGUUGAAAUGUUGGUCGGCCAACCUCCUCUACUCUGUGAUGGUGAUAUCACAAAAGAAGCUGCAGGGAUGAGAAUCCUCCGGGGUGAGGUCUACCCACCUGAUAGCUGUUCAGAAAUUGCCAAAGAAUUUCUUGAAUAUUGUUUUAGACCUCAAGAGACAAGGCCAAAGGCAAGUGAGCUGAUGGGAAAAACAGAAUUUCCAUCUCCUUCCGUGUAGAAAUGAGAUGUCAGAUAUAAUGAUGUUAGAUGGAAGUUUAUCUCCUACUCAGACAUCCUAAGUAAUGCUUUGCUUGCAUGAUAUCCCUAAGGGGUACCCCCUAAGGACAUGUGUGUAAGAGAAUUUCCGUUUGUACCACAAACUUGUGGACAGAUAUGAUUUCUAUAGCUCAUAGAAGCAAAUGGAGAAAAAAUCUUUCAGAAUUUGAAUUUUUUAAAUUAUAUUUUCCAAAUUUGCCUUUUAUAGUACUUAUUUGGCUUCUCGGGCAACAGCAUAUUGUCUAAUGUUCAAUGAUCCAAUGAUCCAAUGAUCUGGUCAACUGAGUAAUUUCUUGAUUCGUGGAGGCCUAAAAAUAUGCUUACUUAAGAGUCUAGGAGGUUGUAAAUAAGGGAAAAUUAAAAUUGUAAAAAUAAAUAGAAGAUUUGAUAGUGAAAAAGUUGAAAAGCACUGAAAGUGAUAUGAAGAUUAGGUAAUACCAGUAUUAAUGAAUCAAUGUUUUUAAUGAAAUGGUUUGUUUUGGAUAAAGAAUGAACUACA